AGCUCCCGAACCUAUCAGUAUUGCAAGGUGCGUUGACCUGGAUCCUGGUGGAAGUGAAGGCUUAUCUCCCACGUCCCCACGCCUGACGCUGAGACAGUGAAGGCGACAAAUCUGGUCCUGCGAACCGUCAACACCAUGCCCUUCUUGUUUAUUGCCAUCUCCCUCCUGGCUGCAGGCGACUCAGAUGCCGCGACAGAGGUAGCGUUCUCGGCGGGUCUCAGUCACCAUCAGUCUCUCACAGGCGGUCAAACGGUUGUCUACAACCGUAUCAUCACCAACGUUGGCAACGCGUACAACCCGGCGACGGGCGUCUUCACCUGUCCGAUCAGCGGCGCAUAUGUCUUCCAGUACCACGCCAUGUCCCGGCAGGACAGCACAUUGUACCUCGAGCUCUACCUGAACGACAAAUACAUCAGCUCCGCCUACGGCCAUACUAUAACAGACUACGCCAGCGGCAGCAACUCCGGGAUCCUUGAACUCAACAAGGGGGACGCUGUCAGCGUCAAGGCAGCCGCGGGGUAUCAGACGGACCUGUACGGUCAAGUAUACGAGGUGUACUCCACCUUCUCUGGUUUUCUGAUCUCAGCAUCCUCGUGAUUCAGUGAAUAAAACAUACAAAGCAUCAUA